AUGAUGCCACGACCUACCAUAGAUGGUACUGCCAAAACAUCAAAUUUAAUACGCUUCCUCCAAUGCGUUACCCCUAUUCCUUCCUGUCGUUUUCUCGCACAGGAUACCUCCGCCAUCGAUCUCAACAACCAUUGGCAACCACUUCCCAACAAAGCCAUGGUGGAGUACUUCACUUUGGCUGAUCUGUGGGCUUGCUAUGAUGAGUUUAGUGCCUAUGGUGCUGGAACUGAGGUGUCUCUUGAAUAUGACGACAACACUACGCAAUAUUACAUCCCUUACCUAUCUGCAAUUCAGUUGUACACCAACAAGUCCAUCUCGACCUCCAGGAAGAGCCCUAGCGAGUUUGAGAAUAACUCUUGGGAUGAAGAUAGCCGAAGCGAGAAGCUAUCCGGGUCUUUGAGCGGAGAUUCUGUUAAGACUUGCGAUUCUAUUUCGAAUGACAACUCCAACUGUGAUGAGUCUUCGCUUAAAAGUCCUAAGCUUGGUUCUCUUUACUUCCAUUACAUUGAAAUGUGCUCUCCUUACUCGAGAGUCCCGUUGCGGGAGAAGAUAUCUGAAUUAGCUAAAUUGUAUCCUGGAUUGAUGACGUUCAAGAAUGUGGAUCUUUCACCAGCAAGUUGGAUGGCUGUUGCUUGGUAUCCGAUUUAUCAUAUUCCAUCACGAAGAGGUGAGAAGGACUUGGACGCGAGCUUUCUUACCUUUCAUACUUUGUCCUCAUCCUUCAAAGAUUGUGGAACUGGAAAUGAGAACAACAUGAAGUCCCCCGAGCUGGUAAAGACAAUACCUGGUGGAGUUCCCCUUCCUCCCUUUGGGCUGGCAACAUACAAAGUGCAAGGGGAUAUUUGGUUAGCCCACAAGUCCGACUAUGAAAAGGCGAUCUAUCUUCAGCGUGCAGCAGAUUCAUGGCUUAAGCAGUUGAAUGUCUACCACCAUGACUUCAACUUUUUCACAUCCCGUUUUCCAAUUCCCAAUUGA